AUGGUGGUCCUCUCAGAUAUUUACAAAAAUUUUUUACUUUAUGUGGUUUUAGUUUAUUGGGCAAUUGAAAAAAUUCCAGCUUGUCGAAACUUCAUUGUUGUUUUCACUUCAAAUCUAAUAAAGAAAGAAGAACCACCAACAUCUUUGAAUUAUUUAAGCAAUUCCAAUGUUUACACAAGAUUCGCAUUGAAUAAUGGUUCAAUUUUAGAGACAUCUCAGAUUCCAAACAAUCCCAUAAAGACUUCAACAAUGGGGUAUUCAGGUGAUGAGGAUUAUCUUUUCACAUCGAAUGGAACAAUUCCCGAAAACUAUAAUAUUGUAAUUUACAACUCAAAAGAAAAUAGUUUAGUUUUGAAAGAAACUCAUCCAUCUGGAUAUCUCGAGUAUUAUACAGAUCUUGGACUUAAUAUUAUUUAUACAGCUUAUACAUUAUAUAUUGAAAAUAUAGUUCAGAUUCAAAGAUUCUAUUUAUCAAACAAUCCAUUCACAGAGAACAAAUAUCAAUUCAAAUUGAAUAUUGAAACAAAUGAACCAGAGUUACCUUUCUUUGCUUUUGAAUCGAUGCAAUAUCUCGGAGUUGUAAACUGGGGUAAUAUCAACCCAUCACCAAUAUACCUCACACAACUAGACCUUCAAACAAACACACUCAGAGAUGUUAUCAACAUCCCAAAUACAGAGAUUGCAAGUGCAUGUUAUACAUUGGUAUUUGCAAUCAUUCUUCAACAAGAUGAAGGUCAAGAUUAG